UAGGCGCCUGCGCUUUGGGUUCAGAGGCCGGUGACGUCCGGUGCAAGCCAAGAUGGCGGAGCUGAGCUGCUCCUGCUGCUGCGGGUGACGGUGGUGCCACCUUCGCUUGCCUUAACGUCCCUCGGGAGACCCUGCACGGCUUCUCGCCGCUUCAGCCAUGUCUGGGCCCGGCAACAAGCGCGCCGCCGGCGACGGGGGCUCGGGGCCCCCGGAGAAGCUGAGCCGCGAGGAGAAGACCACAACCACGCUUAUAGAACCCAUUCGUCUCGGAGGCAUCUCCUCCACGGAGGAGAUGGACCUGAAGGUUCUACAGUUCAAGAACAAAAAACUGGCAGAGCGCUUGGAACAGCGACAGGCUUGUGAAGAUGAGCUCCGAGAACGAAUUGAGAAGCUGGAGAAGCGGCAGGCCACAGAUGAUGCCACACUCCUCAUCGUCAAUCGCUACUGGGCACAGCUGGAUGAAACGGUGGAAACCCUCCUCCGGCACCAUGAAAGCCAGGGAGAUCUGUCAUCGGGAACAGAAACGACUGGAACCCUGGAGGGGCCAACCCGUGAAGAGACCCCUCUCCCAGAGCCAGGGACAUCAGAGCUGAGAGACGCCCUGGGCAUGCAGCUGCGGACCCCUCUCAGUGAGCCAGCCCUGGCUUUUGUGGUGGCCCUGGGCGCCAGCAGCAGUGAGGAGGUGGAGCUGCAGCUGCAGGGCCGGAUGGAGUUCUCUAAGGCAGCCGUGUCCCGGGUGGUGGAGGCCUCAGACCGCCUGCAGCGCCGAGUGGAGGAGCUCUGUCAGCGAGUGUACAGCCGAGGGGACAGUGAGCCCCCCAGUGAGGUGUCUCGGGCACGCACCCGAGAGCUGGGACGGGAGAGCCAACGGUUACAGGACCUGGCCACCCAGCUCCAGGAAAAACAUCACCGCAUCUCGCUGGAGUACUCGGAACUCCAGGACAAAGUGACAUCGGCAGAGACCAAGGUGCUAGAGAUGGAGACAACAGUAGAGGACCUGCAGUGGGACAUCGAGAAGCUGCGCAAGCGGGAGCAAAAGCUCAACAAGCACCUGGCCGAGGCCUUGGAGCAGCUCAACUCCGGCUACUACGUGUCUGGGAGCUCCGCUGGCUUUCAGGGUGGCCAGAUCACACUCAACAUGCAGAAGUUUGAGAUGCUGAAUGCAGAGUUGGAGGAGAACCAGGACCUGGCCAACAGCCGCAUGGCAGACCUAGAGAAGCUGCAGGCCGAGCUGCAGGGGGCAGUGCGGACCAACGAGCGCCUCAAGGUGGCUCUGCGGAGCCUGCCCGAGGAGGUGGUGCGGGAGACGGGGGAAUACCGCAUGCUGCAGGCCCAGUUCUCACUGCUCUACAACGAGUCCCUGCAAGUCAAGACCCAGUUGGAUGAAGCCCGGGGGCUGCUGCUGGCCACCAAGAAUUCUCACCUGAGGCAUAUCGAGCAUAUGGAGAGCGAUGAGCUGGGGCUGCAGAAGAAGCUUCGCACUGAGGUGAUCCAGCUGGAGGACACGCUGGCGCAGGUCCGCAAGGAGUACGAGAUGCUGCGCAUCGAGUUCGAACAGAACCUGGCGGCCAACGAGCAGGCGGGGCCCAUCAACCGCGAGAUGCGCCACCUGAUCAGCAGCCUCCAGAACCACAACCACCAGCUGAAGGGGGACGCCCAGCGCUAUAAGCGCAAGUUGCGGGAGGUGCAGGCUGAGAUUGGCAAGCUCCGGGCCCAAACUAGCGGCUCCACCCACUCCAUCCCUGGCCUGGGCCACCCAGAAGACUCGACCAUCAGCACCCCAGCUCCUGGCAAAGAGGAGGGUGGCCCAGGCCCUCUCAGUGCCCCUGACAACAGGAAGGAGGUGGCUUCCACGCCUGGGACCACCACAGCUCCGGUGCCGAUGAAGAAAGAGGAGCAGCUUCCCACUGAGGAAGACGGCCAGGCUCUAACCCCUGGCCCCCAGGGCCCCUCCAGCCGGGGCCGAGAACCCGAGGCCAGGCCUAAGCGGGAGCUCCGGGAGCGGGAAGGGCCUGGUGUGGGGCCUCCUCCGGUAGCCUCAGCCCUCUCAAGGGCUGACCGGGAGAAGGCCAAGGCGGAGGAGGCCAAGAGGAAGGAGUCAGAGCUCCUCAAAGGUCUUCGAGCGGAGCUUAAGAAAGCUCAGGAGAGCCAGAAGGAGAUGAAACUGCUGCUGGACAUGUACAAGUCGGCACCCAAGGAGCAGCGGGACAAGGUGCAGCUCAUGGCCGCCGAGCGCAAGGCCAAGGCUGAGGUGGACGAUCUGCGGAGCCGCAUCCGGGAACUCGAGGAGAGGGACCGAAGGGAGAGCAAGAAGAUCGCGGAUGAGGAUGCCCUGCGGCGCAUCCGGCAGGCGGAGGAGCAGAUCGAGCACCUGCAGCGCAAGUUGGGUGCCACCAAGCAGGAGGAGGAGGCGCUGCUGUCGGAGAUGGACGUGACGGGCCAGGCAUUUGAGGACAUGCAGGAACAGAACGGGCGGCUGCUGCAGCAGCUGCGAGAGAAGGACGACGCCAACUUCAAGCUGAUGUCAGAGCGCAUCAAGGCCAACCAGAUCCACAAGCUCCUGCGGGAGGAGAAGGACGAACUGGGCGAGCAGGUGCUCGGCCUCAAGUCCCAGGUGGACGCCCAGCUGCUGACCGUGCAGAAGCUGGAGGAGAAAGAGCGGGCCUUGCAAGGCAGCCUUGGCGGCGUGGAGAAGGAGCUGACGCUGCGCAGCCAGGCCCUGGAGCUCAACAAGAGGAAGGCUGUGGAAGCGGCCCAGCUGGCAGAGGACCUGAAGGUACAGCUGGAGCAUGUGCAGGCCCGGCUACGGGAGAUCCAGCCCUGCCUGGCAGAGAGCCGGGCCGCCCGGGAGAAGGAGAGCUUCAACCUCAAGAGGGCUCAGGAGGACAUCUCCCGGUUGCGGCGGAAGCUGGAGAAGCAGAGGAAGGUGGAGGUUUACGCUGAUGCCGACGAAAUCCUCCAGGAGGAGAUCAAGGAGUACAAGGCACGGCUGACAUGCCCCUGCUGUAACACCCGCAAAAAGGACGCGGUCCUCACCAAGUGCUUCCACGUCUUCUGCUUCGAGUGUGUGCGGGGUCGCUAUGAGGCCCGGCAGAGGAAGUGCCCCAAGUGCAACGCGGCCUUCGGAGCCCACGACUUCCACCGCGUCUACAUCAGCUGAACCCGCGCUCCCCGGACUCUGGAAUUCCUGUGGACCCUGGGGGCUGUGCCCCCAGCCCCUCCCUCACCCUCCACUCCGCACCCCGGGGACCCGGCCCCUGCCCCCACUCGGUGCUGGGGGAGCCCCGGUGCGUGCCGGUGGGUGGGAGCAGCCAGCCGGCCACGUGAGCGCAGGGUGGGGCUUCCUGGAAGCUGCCGAGCCCCCCAGCCCCGGGGACAAGCGCCCAACCCAGUGAGCACGGGGUGGCCUUGGCCUCUCAGAGUCCUGCUCUGAGAGGGGCUCCUCCCCAAUGUCCCCAGCCCGGGCAGGACCGCCUGCCGCCCUCUAGGGAGCUCUGGUGCUCUGCCUUCAUCUUGGUACUGUCCUCACCAGACCCCUCCCAGCUCCCCCUCUCCCUCCUGCACCCCAAAGCCCGGUGGGUCCCCAGUGCUGCCCCCUGCUUUCAUCCUGGUGGCCUUAACUGCAGAGGAUCCAGCUUCCCAGGAGGGAGCAGAGCAGCCGCCCGCCAACUUGCGAUCAUUCCAGGUGGAGGAGCUUCAAACGAAACGCCCUGUGACUGAGCCCGUUCCCCACGCCGCCGCCAGCGGCCGGACACGGUGGAGGCGGCAGCAGGGGCCUCGGGUCCCCGGGACCCACAGCCCCGUACAGGCUGGACAUGGUUCUGAAUAAACGGCCAACCUCAGCGCA